AUGAAUGACAGGGGUGUUAAUCUCGUGGAUAGUAACAGUGUUGUUGGUAGUCGUAUAAAGCUGAAUUGUGAAAGAUUAGUGUUGAAAUGUGAAGAUCAAACAAUUGCUGUCUUUCAGAAUUUAAAAAUUCGUCGAAGACCAGAAAAUAUUCAACAUCGUGUAGAACACCUUAAAAUGGGUUUGAUUAAUCAAGAAAAUUCUUCUUGGGAAUUUUAUAUGGACUUACUCUACAUAACAUUUCCAUAUCGAUAUAAAUUUCGUGAUAUCUAUCAAGAGGCAUCAUCUAUUAGAAGAUUUCUACGUAAAUUACAGUCCGAUGAAAGUAUAUAUCAUGAAUUGGAUGAAUUAACAACUACUGAUGAGUUAACAGAUUCUUCUUCUAUUCAUACACCAAAUGACACACGUACAGGAUCAAGUAAAUUUUUCCUUGAAUCGCCUACUGCUACAAUGCCGUCAAAUUUACUGUUGGAUUCUGAUUCUGUUUCAAAAACUACACCAAUCAUUAAUCAUGAUCGAAUUCUACAUAUUAAAAGACUUAUUAUUGAAAUUAAAGAUGAUCCAUUCGAGUGUAAACUGAAUGAUAUUCAUACUAUUUUAUUGGAUGAAUUUGCUAUGCAUGAAAAACGUGUGAAUAAGCUACGUGAACAGUUAACAAGAGCAGCACAAUCAGGAAUACGUAUUUCCGACGAAGAACGUCAAGCGUGUUUUGCCCGCAUAGAAAUACAACGAGCUAAUGAAUAUCGGAAUCGGUUAACUCGUUUCUAUCAAGAUUAUGCUAUAUCUGAUGAGUUAUUCAUAUUUACAAUGGAUAAUUUAAAAAUUAAAGCGCUAGCUGAUGGGAGUUUAACUACAGGGGAACAGAUUAUUGAACAAAUGAAAAUGAUGGAUAAUGAAAGUCCUUGGCCAAAUCUAACUGAUAAAGAUUUCUGUACGCUUUGGUGUCGUAUCAUUACACUGAAUGUUGAUCGUUGGCGUUUUCAGUUAAGAGAUUAUCCUAAACCAUGUUGGGAUGUGACAGAUUUAUUUCUUUGGGGUAAAUUAGUCAUUGCUGAACAGGUAGCUGAUGAAAAAGGUCAGCGUAAAGUUUCAAUUGAACCUGGUAAACCUUGGCCAAAGUACACGCUGAUUCGUGGUAGUUCACCCACAAAAUUUUAUUAUGAUUUGAAUGCAGAUGUCAAAUCAUUACAUAUUUGUUAUGGUGCUAAUUGGGAGCCGACAAUAUCUUGGUUAAAUCAACGUUUAGAUGAUAUUAAACCGUUGACAAAAGACAAGUCGUAUCCACCAUUAGGUUGGUGGGAUAAAUCACGUCUACUAUUGCAUGGUCGUUUUCUAUUCGCCGUGGAUGCAAUGCAUUGGUUAUAUUCAACUAGUUUAAGUCCGUAUAAUUCAACGGAAUUUUUCACUUGGCAAUGGAAUCGUGUUGUUGUCAAUUGGGAAAAUGGAGUUAUACGUGUUGAUGGAGAUCUUGAUAUUGUCUAUCAAACAGCAUCAAAAUAUGAUGGGAUAUGUAGACUGUUUCAUUGGCCACGUUUAGAAAUGACUGUGAGACUCGAUUGGUUGUCAUUACGUGAUCCUAAUGAUCAUCAUUCAGUGAAAUAUUGUUGUACAGAGAAUUUAUCCCCUUCAGAACGACUACAGCAUGAUUCAUUCAAAUACUUUCGAGCAAAUCGUUUAGCAAUGCAAGUGAAUUUCACUGUGAAACCACCGCCUACUGGAUCGUCUGGAUCAACUGAUCAACGACCAUGGUGUUUAUUUUAUACAAGUGUAUUAAAAUUUGCUGAUAAAUUACGGGUUUGCCUUUCACAAAUCUCUCGACCUAUUCGUCGUGGAUCUUUGUAUAAUUAUAAUCCACCGAGGAAACCGCAGUUUGGACGUUUAAUUCAAUCAUUGGAUUUCAGUUUCAAUCUACCCCAGUUAGAGUUAAUCUUUUGGGUAUCCUAUGCUAAACGUACUGGUGUACACUUAACAACUGGACCAAUACAAGUUAUUGGCAAAUUGAAACGUGAAAUAGAAAAUGAAGUUAAAGUUCGUCGAAUUAUUGUUAAUAAUAAUAAUAAUAAUAAAAUAUCAAAUAAUUUCUACCGACAACCAUAUACAUCAACAACUGGGAAUGGAUUUACUAAUAUUACUACUAAUAUUGCGAUUAAUAGUAGUAGUAUGACCAGUAAUAAUAAUAAUUGCGCUUCAACUCUAUUACAUCCCUAUGUUAUGAUACCACCACGUUUACCUAUCCAACGUAAUGGACUAUCAAGACGUCCAAUCGCCAGCUGGUGCGUAUUACAUUUAUUCGCUAGUGUACAUGAUAGUGCAAUACGUCUGAGGCAUAGAGAUAAUCUACCUGGACCUUUAGUGCAAAUGUUACUUCAAUACAUGAAUGAACAUCAAAAUCAAAAUAACCUUUCACAAUCUGGCAGUAGUCAUCAUAAACUAAAUAAGCCUUCUGUUACUACUAGUGAAUUAGAACAAGAUGCUGAAGAGAUGAAUGAUGCAGAAGCAUUUAUUCUUGUCCCAUUGUUACGCUAUCAACAAUUAUGUCCAUCUGUGUUGCCACCGAAUGUAACUGUUCGUGUUCAUAUACCUGGACCACGUUCAACAACAAUGACGAAUGCUAAUACAACGACAGCGACAACGACGACGCCGACAACCACUACUAAUUCUACUACUACUACUACUGUUAAUAGUAAUACGAGUAGUAAUAAUAAUAAUAAUAGUAGUGAGAAUGGUGAUUCAACAAGCCAUGACAUCGAUCCUACUGAGGAUAGUUAUUGUAAAGGAUCGGAAAGGAAUACACUAACUGCCUCUGCGACAGCUAUGAAUACCUCUGUCACCCUGACACCGACAGCAACAAUGAAGGCAACUGUUGGCUUACAAUCUGAUGAAAAGAGUCCGUACAAAAAUAAAUUCCCAUCUACUCAAGACAAUGUCAAUAAUACAAAGAUGACAACAACAGAUAUGAAUGCCAAUCGAACAGAUGCUGCUAAAGACGUCGAUGCCAAUGGUGAGAAGCAUCAGUUAACACAUGAAGAAUUGACUCCUGUUCAUCAUCUUGAAAUUCAUGAAUUUAAAAUGCGUUGGACUGAGCAUAAUCGUAACUUGGUCUACAUUCUAAUGGAUAGUUAUCAACAUGCACAAUCAUUGAAAAAGAAUUUAUCCGCUCGUGCAUUGCAUGGAUUUAAAUUGCAUCCAGGUCAAACAGGGACAGGUACAACAACAACAACGCCGAUGACAACAACAACAACCACGACAACAUCAGCUGUUGGUGGUGGGGUUGGGAGUAGUGGAGGUUUUGGACUUGGAAAGUUGAGCAUUGGUGGCAGUAAUGCCAGCAGUACUGUUCUUAGUCGAAAUGCACGUAGUGCUAUACAACUGUCAAAUAGUAAUCAAAUAUCAAAUAUGCACUACAAGUUAUCAGAUCAUGCAGACAAGCGACCAGGUGUUCGACAUACUGGAUCACAUCGUCUAUUAAGAGAUUAUGAUCAUACUGUAGACCUGCUAGAGACUAAUGAUCUUCUGUGUGAUGAGACAGCCAAUAUUCCAACUUCCUCAUCGACAACAACAACGAAAAUUGAUGCAGCUGUCGGCAAAGAUAAUCCUCCUUAUGAUUAUGAAUUCAUGCCUAGGAAGCAUUCUUCAUCCGAUGUAGAUAUAUCAAUACCUGGUAGUGGUGGUGGUGGUACUGAUUCACCGUCAAUAUCAUCACGUAAAUCAAAAUCUUCUCAUCUAGAACAAAUUCCAAUGCUGGCACAAUUGUUAGAAGAAGUUGAUACUGCACGAUUUUAUGCCUAUUGUGAAGAGGAGCCUAAACAGACAGAUGUUGUAUCACAAUUACAAGGAUUAAAUAUAUGUGCAUCAAGUUUGGUAGCUGAGCGUAAUUGGCACAUAGAAUUAAUCAAUCCUCAGUUAUUAUUAAAAACAAAUCAUCUAGCUGGUUAUGUAUUGGUAUCCGCAGCCAGAGCUAAGUUGGAUGCAUUAACCCAUCCACCGAUAUGGAAAGAUUCUCAAUUAUUGAAUAAAUCUAGUCUAGUUGGACAUUUAGAAUGUAUGCAGUACUAUGCUACUGUUGGACAGGUCCUUCCAGGUACGCCUGAUCAAUGGUUGUCAACAGCUGAUGUCAGUGAUUGGGCACAUCAUGGUUUAAAUGCCGACGAAGAUGCAUUGACUGGACGACCAGAAGUUGUUGGUUGUGGUAGAUCAGUUGGCGGUGUUGUGACAGCAUGUGUUGGCUUCCCACAGAAUAUAUCAAGUAAUAAGUCGUCAUUAUUAGCCCGUCAAAGUAUCAUAAAUCAUGCCGGUUUCACAGCUAACACUGGUGGUGGUGGUGGCGUCGGCGGUAUGUCAGCUGAGGCAAUCACUAGUGGUAAUACGACAUUGGUGAACAAUAAUUUCGGUACUUUUUCUACUACUGCCAAUACGAUAACUUCAGGUGCUGCUGUUGGAGAGAACAACACCAAUUGCAUUCGACCUAUACAACUGCAAAGGAUGAUAUCUCGUUGUUCAUGUGAAGUUUUCUACAUUCACUAUGAACCUGCUGAUCCCGCGAAUUUACCACUACCGCAUUUAAUUCCACCUUUGUCACUUGAUGAAACAGAAGUCGUGCAUAAUCCAGAAGGAGCUGAUACAGUUACUCUAUUACAUCAUACAUUAAAUGUUUUUACAAAUUCUCUUCAAUAUCAUAUGAUUGUUGAUAUUGUUAAUGAUCUCCUCCUGUAUGUGGAACCACAAAGAAAGGCUCAAUCAGAACGUAAUCGUGUCGCUUUUGGUUUAAUGUCUGAAUCACAAGUUCGAUUAGCUAUCCUACGUGAUCAAGAGGCUUUGCGUCGAAUGAUAUUAGAUCAACGUCAUUUAGAGCGUUAUUUAUGGUCAUAUGUUAGUCAAACAAUGCAAGAAUUAGGAUUGAAUACACCAAUAGGUUAUCCUAAUUCUUUUCAAUUUAUAAAUAAUUAUAGUAAUAACAGUAGUAAUAGUAAUAAUCCUAUUCUAUCCACAACAAAAACCUCUAUGGAUUCAACAUUUUAUGAAAGACGAUCAUCAAAUAUUACAUUGAAAUUAGUGAAUUGUAUUCAAGGGGCUAGACAUUUAGAGACUCAAAUCAACACACUGAAGUCAAGUAUCAUCGAUUUGAAUGCCAUUCUAUCACAACGUUUAGCGCAUUAUCAACAAUUACAAAUACAAGCUCAACGUCGUCAUAUACGCAAAGCAAUGUCAUUUAAACGUCAUCCAGUACAAUCUACAGCAUCAUCGUCAUCAUCGUUCACCGGUGAUUUUCCUCUUCCUCCAACAACAGUGGCGGCGACUACUGUAGCUAGCGGUUUCAGUGGAUCAGGUGUUGGCAAUCUUAGUUUAAUACCGAAGCAAUCUACAGAAGAUUUCAAUCGAUAUUCUCAAUUAAGCGCUGAUUCUGACUCGUAUCUACCUGCCAACAGCAGCAAUAAUAAUAAUAAUCCUAGCAGCGGUAGUGGGUUAAUUGCUGGUCGAGGAAAUCUACGUCGUGCAUCAUCAACAGACUAUUUAAUUCAUACAAAUAUUAUUGGUAAUAACAAUAGUACAAAUAUUAAUUUGAAUCAAAAUCAAUCUGUUACAGAGUCGAUUUUAUCUGAGAAUGUCAAUAAAUCGAUUGAUAAUGGUGGUAGUAAACCAGCUGAAGUGGUUAGACGAAGUGAGGUUUGUUUUGAACAUGCAAGAUGGCGUAUGACUGAGCAUGAUGGACAAAUUGGUUUAGCUGAUGUUGAAUUACGCGGUUUCAUUUAUACAAAAAUUAAUCGUCAAGAUGAUUCUGGUUCACAUCGUUUAGAAUUAGGCUGGAUACGCGUGUCUAGUCUAGCACCGAAUUCUUUCUAUAAAGAAGUUUUAGCACCUGAUGUUUCUGGUGGACGAUAUGCUGGAGGACCUAUACUACGCAUUGCGUGUUCUGCUUUAGCACCUGUCGGUGGAAUAUCUGUCAAGGAAGCUAUGGAAAUCAGCGUUGCACCGAUUGUACUUCAGAUGAGUAAACAAUUCUAUCGUAUAAUGAUGCCAUUUUUCUUCCCUGAAAAAUCUGAGGAAUCAAAUACAACAACGACAACAACAGGAGCAGCAACAACUUCUACUACUGCUACUAGUAGUACUCAUACUUCCGCUCCUACAACUUCAAUAAAUAGUUCUAUGAAUAACCGUCCAAUUAUACUAUCCAAUCAAAUGAAUGACGCACUAACCACCAAUACUGGUUUAAUGAUCAAUCCGUCUGGAUCAUCACAACAAUUUAUGAAUUUAUUACAGUAUGAAUGUAUGAAUUCAAAUGCAUUGAGUGGUGGGGGCGCUGGUGUAGGUGUUGGUGUUGGUGUGGGCAGUAGUGAUAGUUCAUUUCAUCCUUUAGAAUCAACUCCAGAUACACAGCAUUUCUUAGACCCAUCCGUUGAUAAUAUGAUUAUGUCGCGUAAAUCAUGGAUUCGCCGGUAUCUAUCCAGGUAUUUUCCACAUCGUCAACAAACAACCGCCAGUAGUAGCGGUGUUCCUGGUGCUGAGAAUGAAGCAUGUCAACAGUUAAAUAUUUCUCAGAAAUCCUCUCAACCGAUGGAUACAGUUGAUAACGCCUCAUCGUUAUCUGUACCGCUGUCACGGUCAUCACCAUUGUCUACGUCAAAAACAACACCGGUAGCUGUGUCAGUAUUAACAAAACUUCAAUCCCCGUCUAAUUUAACUAUUGAAGCUGCUAUCUCUGGACGAAAUUAUUGUAGUGUAAACGAUGAUGACUGGGUGAAUGAUACAGUCAAUACAUCGACCUUUUUAUUACCUAAUAAUUUAUUACAAAAGAUAAAUAUGAGACGGAAAUUCUCUCUUCAAAGUGGAGAUUAUCAAUCCAAAGAACAUUCAUCACUGCUACUUCCUCCACAAAUGGAUUAUGCAACAAACAACACUGGAUUAUCAUCAAGCCAGAUGAAUCCUAUGAAAGCUGCUUGUUAUUAUCCUUCUGAUAAUACUGAUCUACUACUCAUGAGAAUGAUGAUGAUGACGACGGGAGGAACACACGGUGGAGAAGAACCUCAGUCGCAUAUUAAUUUAUGCACUCGUUGUAGACCACCGCAUUUAAUUACUGGCAGUAGCAGUAGUCAUUGUGGUCAUCCUGCCUAUCAUCAAAUGAUGAUAACAUCCGCGUAUAAUCCAAUGGAUUAUGGAUCUGUGACAAUUGAACAGGCUAUGAAUCAGAUUAAUAAUAAUAAUAGUAAUAUUCAUAAUAGUAAUAAUAAUAAUGCUAAUACUUCAAUUCCAUUGAAUCCAGUUGAUGUGAUGAGGGAAAGAGCUCGUCAGAACAAUGUAUUCUUGUAUAUUAAAAUUCCUGGCUUCCCAAUACGUUUAAGUUACAAGGGUGAAAAACAGAAAAAUAUUACUGAUGUGACCCGAUUCGAAUUGUUUAUACCUACACUAGAGUAUCAUAAUUGUGUAUGGACAUGGUUAGAUUUUGCUAUGGAAGUGAAAACACGAAUACGUAAACAGCUUGUACGAGAAGUGAUAAAGAAGAAAUUCACCCCACGACGUCGUUUACCAUUUCUGCGCGGUGGUGUUCCUAAUCAGAAUAAUGCUAAUAAUAAUAAUAGUGGUGUUAGCUGUAAUAUUACUCCUACUACCGCUGAUGUUCCACAAUCACUUAAACUGAAAGCAUUGAGUAACAGUAGUGGGGGUAGUAGUAGCAGUCUUCUACCCUCUGUCGGUCGAUUCAGUUCAUCCUUAUCUACAAAUCUGUCAGCUGUUACUGCUGAUAUUGAUUCAACUGCGGCACAAGAAGAAAAGGCCCAACGAGAAUUAGAAAUGAUACUUGGUCGGCAUGCACAAAUACAACCACAACAAGGCACCAGCGGUGGAGGUAAACUACGAAGGCGAAGGAAAUCAAAAGUAUGA